AUGGCCGAGAUGAACGACCUUAUCUCCGUAACUUUCCGCCCUGCAACUCAAGACGACGCUCUCCAAGUAGCGCAACUCGUAGAGGCCGCAUUCCGCGCCGAAGACAGCCGAGCAGAUUGGACGGCCGACAUGGAACUCGGCAGAUCGUUCCGCUACUCAGCCGAUGAGGCUCUCGCCACCAUCAACAACGCGGAUGCAGUAGUCCUCAUGGGCUUUGACUUCCACGGCGUCCUCGCGACCACGGUCCAAGUUGUCGUCAACCGCGAAACCCAAAUGGCCCGUAUUGCCAUGCUUUCUGUGAAUCCUCAGCUGCAGCGCAGCCUCAUCGGGCGCCAGGCUCUUGGCUCUGCCGAGGAGUACGCUUGGCAGAAUUACGACAUCAAGAGGUUUGGGUUAAAUGCACUUUCAUCUCGCGAGAAGUUGCUUGCGUGGUACGAGCGCCGUGGGUACAGAAGGACAGGUGAAAUAUCGCCGUUUCCUGUUGAUCGGUUUCCUCAUCUAGAUCUUCCGAAAGAUUUGUGCUUCGUUGAGCUAGAGAAGGAUGCCACACCUGUUGUGGUUUGA